GCUUAUAAAGAGCAAGCUGCACAGCUCUUCAUUUCUCAAGCUUUUCUCGCCUCGAUUAACCUAAAAAAUGGCUACUGCUACUGUACUCUUCUCUACCAUUUCCACCGCUCUCUUUAUCCUCUUCUCCUUUGGUCAAGCUGCGCCUCUUAUUUUAACCCUAGUCAACAACUGCCCUUUCACCGUUUACCCUGCCAUCCAACCCAACGCUGGCCACCCGGUCCUCGAAAAAGGUGGCUUCCCACUCUCCACCCUAACACACCGCUCUUUUCCCGUCCCUAACCAGCACUGGACUGGCCGGAUCUGGGCUAGAACCGGAUGCACUCACACCAACGGCAAGUUCCACUGCGCCACCGGUGAUUGCAACCACCAACUAGAAUGCAACGGCCUCGGUGGUGCCCCUCCAGCAACUCUCGCUCAGUUCAGCCUUCACCAUGGCCAUAACGACUUCUCCUCUUACGGCGUCUCUCUCGUCGACGGAUUUAACCUUCCGAUGACCAUAACUCCACAUGAAGGCAAAGGUGUUUGUCCGGUGGUGGGUUGUCGAGCAAACUUACUGACAACAUGCCCUCAAAAGCUUCAGGUGAGGUAUCCGGUGGGUCAUGGUCCGGUGGUGGCCUGUAAAAGUGGAUGCUUGGCGUUCGGAACCGACGAGCUUUGUUGCCGGAAUCAUUAUAACAAUCCACAAACUUGCAGAGCAUCGAGUUAUUCAGAAUUCUUCAAGCAUGCUUGCCCUGCGACGUUCACCUAUGCUCAUGAUAGUCCGUCUCUUAUGCAUGAAUGUUCUUCGCCGCGUGAGCUUAAAGUUAUAUUCUGCCAUUAGAGAACAAAAACUAAUAAAGGAAAGUGGUGGUGGUCUCUGUCUGUACGUGAGAGAGAUGUGGAGAAUCGGAUUGAAAAAUGGUUAUCAAUGUGAUGUAUGUGUGGGGUUCUCUUUAAUUAAUUAUUAAAGUACUUGAAUUAAUUAAGGCUUC